AUGGCCACUGCAGCAGAGGACCCUCACUUGGGCGUAGGCCCCGACGAGGAGGACGAGUCUCAGUCGGGGUGGGAUUCAGACAGCAUCUUGUCCGAUGACUCCGUGCUGCCGGACUGCACGGCGGAGACGUCGGACGGGCGGACGGCAUCCACGCUGUACCAGGCGUGCGCCCGCAAUGACCUGGGCUCUCUGCGGAGGUUUCUGGAGAGAGGGGUGACGAGAGAUGAGGUCAUGGACUUGGACAUUAAUAGCUGGAAUGGCUUGAUGGUGGCUUGCUGCAAAGGAUUCAUAGACAUUGUAUACAGUCUUAACACGUGCCCCUAUAUAGACAUCAAUCAUCAGGACAAGGAAGGCAACACGGCACUGAUGAUUGCAUCCCAAGCAGGUCAUGUCAACACGGUCAUGUACCUCCUCAAUUAUUACCCUGGAAUAGACACGGAAAUAAAAGACUGCCGUGGCUUCACGGCUCUCAUCAAAGCUGCCAUGACGGGUCGCGAUGAUGUGGUUGCUGCUCUUGUUAUGGCCGGGGCUGACAUCCAUGUGACAGACACCACGAGAGGAAAAUGCGCUCAGGACUGGGCGCUAAAAACAGGUCGCUAUGAGACAAUGCAACGUCUACGCCGCCUCAAAAUGAGGCCAAGAGCUGAACAGUUUUGUGAAAGUUACAUCCCGGAGUGGCCUGAGCUCAAGGAGCGGGUCGCAAAGGCCCUGGCGGAAAAAAGCGCCCGGGAAAGAAUCACCCAUCACAUUAAGAACACAUUUGGAUUCCGAUUUCCUCACGACCCCGAGGACAACGGGGUCAUUGACCACAUGGUGCGCAUGACCACCAGUAUCCACAGCCCCCUCAUUUCCACCGGGUGUCGUCCACUGUGCCCCACCAGCCCCCCCGAGGUGGGCAAGAGGCGACUCGCCGUACCGGAGCUGAUGAUGAAACACUCCGAGAAGGAACUGGAGGAAAGUUCUGUGUGCCACAGUGACGGCUCCGUGUCACACGUCAUCCCCUCACUUCACUCGGCAGACUCCAUCGCUACAACGUGCUGCGCCGACACCGACAGGAGGGGCAGCAUCUUAUCAAUGGCCUCCACCACGGUGGCCUCCAAGUUCAUCCCCCGAAGUAUGGCCAGGAGGAACAGCGUGUUCCCCUCAGGGUGCAUCCCCCAGAUUAAUAUCAACAGACCCACAGAGCCCACGCCAAAGAAAGAAAAGAAAAAGAAGAAGAUGGCGAAAGGCUAUCUGGAACCACCAAAGUGGAGAUAUAAGGAGCUCAAGGACGAGAAGAAGAAGGAGAAAAAGGAGAAAGAGAAGAAUGAGAAAGAGAAGAAUGAGAAAAAAAGAGACAGCACAAAGAGCAAAAAAUAACGUGUUUCAUCAAGCUUUAUGAAACCAAAGUUUUUAUAUAAUCACCCCUCAGGGCUUCAAAACAGUCAUUCUUGAUUGAUGGUAACUCCAAACAAGAGCAAACACUGUUGUGAAACCUCAGGUUUUUUGGAUGCCAUAGUUUGUGUACAGUUCUGUUUCUGAUUUUUUUUUUUUCAACCAACUUUUAUCCCACUAUUCAUUCAUCUGAUUAAUUUUCUUUGAAAACGGCUGUCAUUGCUCCGGGUCAUGUAAUUCUCAGGGAAUAGAACUGAGCUCAACUGGACUGCCUCGAUUUGCAUUAGCUCCAGCGGGACAUAUUUAUUCAGGUUUUCAAUGAUUUGAUUUUAAGCAAUUUUUCUAAAACAAAACCAAGGUUCCACUAUAAUACAUUUAAAUCCCAUCUGUCUUAAAGAACAUGACACUUAUUAUUAUUUAUUUUUUGUAUUCACUUUGACACAACCUGCGAAUCCCAUGAUUAUAGAUUCCGUUUCACUGGUGCUAAUUUAUGCAUGC